AAUCCAGGCAGAGUAUCUGUGAAGCUGGAGAGGCACGGAGAACACCAAGAGCCCCAGGGCAUCUCGUACCCUGGGACUGGUUCUUCCUCUUCUUCAUGGCCCCCCGUCGAUCCCCACCAUAACCAUCAUAACCACCACAAUCACCACCGCGAUUCCAACCACUACGACGACCACCACCACCAUGGCAACCACUCUAAUGGCUCGUUCCAUCCGGUGCCUUUUUCUGUACGCAAAAGGGCUUGGCAUCCUUCUAAUCAAGGACCUUCUCCGGAUAACGUUGAAAGCGCCUUCCAUGUAAAACUUUAUGUUGCACAGGUUUCCAGAACAGCAACUGAGGAAGUUAUUCGCCCGUUGUUUGAACAAUAUGGAAGUAUUACCGAGGUUGUUAUUUUGAGGGAUAAGAGGACAGGCCAACAACAAGGCAGUUGUUUCGUGAAAUAUGCAACACUAGAUGAAGCAGACAGGGCUAUCGGAGCCUUGAAUAAUCAGCAUUAUUUUCCUGGGGAAGUUCUACCAAUCACAGUUAAAUAUGCUGACUGGGAAUUGGAACGCCUUGCGGGACUUGACAAGUUGUAUGUGUGUGGCCUGAACAAGGAAGCUUCGAGGAAAGAAAUUGAGGAAAUAUUUUCGCCAUAUGGUUUUGUUGAAGAUAUCUACAUUUUGCGUGAUGAGAUGAGGCAGAAUCGUGGGACCGGAUUUGUGAAGUUUUCCCAUAAAGAUAUGGCUCUGGAAGCAAUCAAAGCAUUAAAUGGAACCUUCAUUAUGAGAGGUUGUGCUCAGCCGUUAAUUGUUCGCUUUGCAGAUCCUAAGAAACCAAGGGGAAUAGAAUCAAGGGGCAAUUAUUUAUUUAGCAAUGCAAACAUUGUUCCCCACUCUCAAGAACCAGUUGUUAGGCCAGUAUCCGAUCAUGGUGAUUCCACUGGAGGGUAUAAUAUGCAUAAUGCAUCGUAUCCUGUUCAACAAGCUUCACACCCACCUAUUUCUCAAUUGGCAAACCAUGAACCCCAGGCUUCUAGUGUCAUACAACCACCAUUUCCUCCAUCAAAGUCAUCUUCACAGUUGUGUAGGAUGCCUUCACAACACACACAAACUAUGCAUUCUCGGACUUCUCAAGUAGAAGUUAAUGAGACCCAGAAGCAGCAUCUGACGCAACCAUCAGGGCAAAUUAUUGGGCAGCAGCAGAGUUCUCAGACAGUUGCUAGCAAUUCUCUCUCAGCUGCAGUUCCUUCAAAUAACGAGAUAGCAGCUCCCAUAGAGUGUGACUGGAGUGAACAUAACUGCCCUGAUGGAUACAAGUAUUAUUAUAAUUGUGAAACUUGUGAAAGCAGAUGGGACAAGCCUGAGGAGUUUGCCUUAUUUGAGCAAGCAUUGCAGAUGCAGACACAGCAGCAAAAUCCUUCUCACCAUCUUAAAUCUAUGUCAUCGGUUCUUUCUACCCAACAUAGUGCUCAAACACAGCAGGAACUGGAUCAUGUGCAAAUCCAGCCAGAAACAAAUCCUGUUGUUGGCCCAACCUGUGUUUGACAGAAUGGCCAAAUUUUCCAUUCUUAAAGAAAAAAAUGGCAUGCAACCCCGUCCCAGUCCUUGGAGGAUUGAAUCAUCGGUCAACUGUUGGUACAUUUGCAAGAUCGUGACAUUACUGGUUCAACCCCCGUGCCUUUUUUUUCCCUCAAUUUUAUUUUAUUGUUGAAGUCACUGUGAUUAACGCAAAUUGAAGAGUUGCUAGUGCCGAGGGUGACUAUUGUACACAAUGAAUGCAAUCCAGCGCAGGGGGACCAUAUUGUGUGAAUGCAAUAUUUUCCCCCUCUCGGGUCAAGAUGCAAACUUCUGCAAAGUACAGCUCUUUUGCUGAACAAUAGUGGUGGAAGCUUAGAACAGGGUGUAAUAUGUAUCAGACAGAGUGUAGAAAUGUUGCCAUCAACGCUUAAAUUAUGGAGUCUUUAAUCUCAUGCAAUUGGCUUGUUGCUUGCCCGGAGACUUGUGUCAUAAACCAGUUAUUUACAUAACAUGAAACAUAUGAUGUAUUUGUUUCAAAAUAGAAUGUUGCAUCUUUGGUGCUCAUACUGCCGCUGGCUGAAACAACUCAACAGUAGUUGACAAAAA